AUGAGUAAUGCAUUUGAGAAUUGUAUUAAAUUAAAGAAUGUUAGUAAUAUCACAAAUAUUCCUGAUAAUUGUUUUUGUGGAUGUACUAAUUUAGAAGAAAUUACAAUUCAAGAAGGGUCAGUGAAGAUUGGAUAUAAAUCAUUUGAAAAUUGUUCUUCAUUAUUAAGUAUUAAAAUUCCACAAUCUAUUCUAUUUAUUUCAGAAUAUUCAUUUCUUUCUUGUGAGAAACUAAAAUCAAUUAUAUUCAGUGAAACAAACUCACUUAGGAAUUUUUCAAUUAAUUCUAUUUCAGAAUGCAAAUCUCUUAUAAAUAUCAGUAAUUUUUCAUCAGAUAAAUUCAAAUGUAUUGAUAAUACUUUAUACUACAAAAACAAUACUAAAUGGGAACUUAUUUUUCAUUUGAGUGAAUCAAAAGACAAAGAACUCAACAUUAGCUGCGAUGUUAUCUGUAGUUAUUCAUUCAAUUCUAGCAACAACAUUGAGAAAAUCAAUAUUACAUCAGACAGUGUUUCUGUUAUUGAAGAACAUUCAUUCAACAACUGUCUUAAUCUCAAAUACAUCAAUUUCCCACUUUCAGUUUCAGAUGUUGAGAUUGAUGCAUUCCAUGAUUGCAAAUCCAUUCGAUGUCCUCUUAUUAUUGAGAACACAUCCACAGAUUAUCUUAAAAUGAUUGUUUCUUCCGGAAUUCCACGAAGACUUAUGAUUUCAUGUCAUAUUGCACAUGUUUCGAAUAAUCUUUUAAGUCUCAAAUCUUUACGUUAUCCUUCUACACAUCUUUUCUGGAAACAUCUUACUAAAUAA